AAAGUGCAGAGCGGAUUCAGGAGUGAGGUCAAGAGAGUGAACGGGAGGGAGGAGAGAGAGGCAGCAGCGCAGAGAGUGUUUCUCUGAGAGUUCGUCAGAGUCUGGUGGCCGUCGGGAGGGAAAACACUGAAGCUCGGGCUGUUUUCAAGGAGCUUUGGUGAAGGAAUGAUGCCGACUUUAUUGGAGGAGUGAGGAGAAGAGAUGCUGGGAGGACUGUGUUAGACUGAAUCGCUGUUUUUUUGUCACAAACUCCUGAGUUGCGAUGGGGACUGUUAGUGAGCUGUGUGCCUCCAGUUUCCAGGCUUUUCUGUGUCCGACAGUGCGACCACCUGCUGCAACCACAGUGCCUGAUGACCUCAGUCCAGAGGAGCGACAGGAGCUGGAGAGCAUCCGCCGCCGAAAAGAAGAGCUACUGCUGGACAUACAAAGGCUGAAGGAUGAGAUAGCAGAGGUGACCACUGAGAUUGAAAGCCUGGGUCUGUCUGAAGAGAGGAAAAGUAUGCAGAGGAACAAACAGAUGGCCAUGGGCCGGAAGAAGUUCAACAUGGAUCCCACCAAGGGGAUUCGCUUCUUGAUCGACAGCUCGUUACUAAAAAACACAAGUGAUGACAUCGCCCAGUUCCUCUACAAGGGAGAAGGACUGAAUAAGACGGCCAUCGGAGACUACCUGGGGGAGAGAGACGACUUCAACAUCGAGGUUCUUCACGCCUUCUUGGAGCUGCACGAGUUCACAGAUCUGAACCUGGUUCAGGCCCUCAGGCAGUUCCUGUGGAGCUUCAGGCUGCCCGGCGAGGCUCAGAAGAUCGACCGCAUGAUGGAGGCGUUCGCCCAGCGAUACUGCCACUGCAACCCCGGAGUGUUUCAGAGCACAGAUACCUGCUACAUUUUGUCGUUCGCUGUGAUCAUGUUGAACACCAGCCUGCACAACCCCAACGUGAAGGACAAGCCCUCCGUUCAGAGGUUCACCGCCAUGAACAGAGGAAUCAAUGACGGAGGAGACCUGCCAGAGGACCUGCUCAGGAAUCUGUACGACAGCAUCAAGAACGAACCCUUUAAGAUCCCAGAGGACGACGGGAACGACCUCACACACACCUUCUUCAACCCCGACAGAGAAGGAUGGCUGCUGAAACUCGGUGGACGAGUGAAGACCUGGAAGAGACGCUGGUUCAUCCUCACAGAUAACUGCCUCUACUACUUUGAAUACACCACUGACAAGGAGCCCAGAGGGAUUAUUCCACUGGAAAAUCUGAGCAUCAGAGAAGUCGACGACUCCAAGAAACCGAACUGCUUCGAGCUCUUCAUCCCCAACCACAAAGAUCAGGUGAUCAAGGCCUGCAAGACGGAGGCAGACGGCCGGGUCGUCGAGGGCAACCACACUUUUUACAGAAUCUCAGCCCCGACCGCUGAGGAGAAGGACGAAUGGAUCAACAGCAUCAAAGCUGCCAUCAGCAAAGACCCGUUCUACGAGAUGCUGGCCGCUCGGAAGAAGAAGGUUUCCUCCCUGAAGGGUCUGUAGAGCUGCAGAGGAUCGAGUCCUGCUGGAGGUGGACCUGAUGCUGCUGCUGAGAUGCUGGAGCUGCUCAGAGGACUGAGCUUUAUAAGAGCAUCCUCUUCUGUUACCUUAUAAACUGAAGUACCUUCAGUACCCACACCUUCUGCUCUACAGGUCUGACUUCAUGUUGAUUUCCAGUCUGUAGAUGAAAUUAUUCUUCUUUUUUUUUUUGCUUUUCCUAAAACAUCACCUUCUGUAAUGAUGCUCUGGUUCGGACUCCCACUCACUGAACAUCUGCUGUAAUGACUCUUGAAAUGUGUCUGAUUGACCUCAGAGCUUUUUCACACAGUCCAUGUUUGUUCUGGUUUAGCACAUCGAGUGUCUAACAGCUGCUUCAAACGUUUCCACAGAGGGAGAACAGGGCAGCAAAUGUUUUCAUCUCCAGGAGAGAAACGUGUUUAGAUGUAAUACGAGGUGUGAUCGAAAAGUUCAGAGACGGUGCCUGAAUAAAAAGCAAUAGAUGCCUGAUUUAACGUCGGCUGCCUUCUGCUUCCAAGUUGUCAUCUUGUGCAGCGACGCAGUGCUUGGAAAGCUCCUUUGAUGUGUCGGAACGGUGAUCCUUUGACUUGAAUCUCAUUUUCAGACAAGAAUAAGAAGUCAAAGGGAGCUAAAUCUAGCAUGUAGGACAGAUGAAGAUUGACGGUUGUCUUACUGUGGCCAAAAAGCAUAACUGGAGCACCCACAUACUAUCUCACUACAGUUUAGGUUGUUUGUGCUGAGAGUCCUUCUACAAACACUUCAAACAUACAGUGAAACCUUAUCAAAUGGGGGACAAAUUUAUGAUGCCCAACCUCGAGAUAUUGGAGAAAACAUCUAGCAUGGUUUUGGUGGAGCUCCUUACUGAUGUGCCUUCUUCACAGUCAAAACUAAAGAUGUCCUAAUGAAGUAUUUUAGGCUCCCGAUCUGUUUAUUUAGCCUCUGCUGAUAAUAUUGCCUAAAUAAAGCACACUGUAGGUGCUGAAGAUUGACUGUAGUACCUGUUUGCGCCACCAGGUGGAGCCUUUUGCUGUUUAAUGCUGUAGAGACCAGAGGAGGCAGUCGGUGUUUUCAGAGUUUAGUAAAAGAACAAUGUGACAGAGACAUCUAAAUGUUUGGAUUCUGCUGAAGGACACAGAUUGUGUUUAAAUGUUUUCCACAGUGAAUGCACAAAAACACAACGCUGACCAUAAAUGUCACAAAACAUCCUGACUACUGACAGUUAAAAAUUCCAUGACUGUCAACAGGAAAACUCUGAACUUUUUGAUCACACCUAUUACAUUAAAUUAUCAGCUGCACACAAGAACAGCUGAGAACGGCUUCUGCAGCUUGUGAAAGAAUUUAUAGGAUGAAGGAAAGUUCCAGAAUGAAUCCCAUCAAACUGCACAUGAGUGAUUCAGAGACUUUUCUCCACCGACAAACGGAUCAACUUCAGGACUCACUUCAUCUGAAUCUCAGCGUUCACUUUGUUGCCAUAUGAACCCGUUUUUUCUUUUCUACGCCUGUUUUCUUUCUGCUGUUUUGUCAGUGCACUGUUUCAGAAAAUGAAGGUAACGCAUAAAUAGCUUAAUAUUUAUUUAUCCAGAUUUCUUGUAAUUUAUUGUUUUUUUUCUUCUUUUUGUCUCAUUAAAAGUUUGCAAACAAA